UCCAUCCACGGUAACCUCCUACUUUUUUAAACGAACCUUUGAAAAAACACACCAGGAUGCAGCAUGUUUGGUUCGUUUGCAAAAAUACUUUCCAUCAUAUGCAUAUUAAACAUGCAUUAACACUAAAUUACCGUAUAAUGAUGUUAAAUAAAAUUUUACAAAAAAAGUAACUAUCUAUGUACAAUAUUAUUAAUAUUAAUGAUCUCGCAUGUGUGUAAAUGAAACAGUGAGAGAAGUGGUGUGUUGGCAAUGAUUAGAACGAAAUAGUUCCAUAGCCAAAAUAUAUAUUUUUUGACUUUCCGCGUGUAUUUAAGAAUUUGUUUGGGUAUUUGUUAAGUUUGAACAUUUUUUUAAAUCUCUGGUGAAAUAAAAACGUUAUGUUAACGGUAAAAAAAUAUUACGUGCCGAAACCGUGGUCGCGCAUUAAUAAUGUUAAUAGUCACUUGUUUGUUUUCUCUUUCAGCCGUUUGUCUGCAGUUACGCCAUAUUGCAGUGUGUUUUAAUAUAUUACUGACCGUGAAAUAACGUACAGUUUGUGUUUCAGGAUUUUGUGUUAAUAUUGUGUAUUUUAACUUUGUUAUAUUAUUUAUUAUCUACUAUUGUAAUGAUGGAAUUUGUUAUCGUUUUGAUAUUUUGUGUGGUUCUUGUGAUUGCUGUAAUGGUAAUUGGUUCCGGGAUGGGGAAAGCUACUUCUUCGCAGCGUCAGAUGGACAUCAUUAACGUCGCUCAGAACUUAUAUGUUUUAAUUAGGAAAGGCGACUUGAAGAAAUGUGACGUUACGCAGACGACCGCGUUUCUUCUCAACAUCGCAAAGUCAACUGUUCUCAAGUACUACAAGAAAGACAUUGAAGAAGUUUCAACACCAGGAAAAAAGAGGAAAAAAAGGCCACAGGAAGGAAAGUCACUUGACACAGUCGACGAUUUCACAGUAAAUGCAAUCAGGAAUGCAAUUUACAGGAUGUACGCUGAAGGUUUGAAUGUUACAGUCGACACCAUUUUGAAAGAAAUCAGGGAAAGACAAAUAGAUUAUUAUGGUGGAAGAUCAAGUCUUCAUAAAUUGUUAAAGAAGAUGGGAUUUUCAUGGACAACUGUUGAUGGACGAAAAGCUUUGAUAGAGAAUGAAAACAUAGUAUUGCAGCGAAUAGAUUUCUUGAGAAAGUAUAAAGAAGAAAAAGAAAGAGGUGCCAAUUUCAUAUUUGUUGAUGAAACAUGGAUUUUCCAGAGAGGCAAGGCAUUAAUUUAUUUGAAAAUUUGUUCUGUGGUCCAAUACAAAGUAUUUCAUUUCCAUUUCAUAUAUUUUUCAGGAACUGUAUCAAAGUCAUGGCAGGACAAGAGUCUACAAUCUGCGAAGAGACGUACUGUUGGAGAUGGUAAAAGGUUUAUUGUUGUUAAUGCUGGAGGGCGCACUGGCUUUGUGCCAGGAGCAGGAUUACUUUUUGUUUCAGGUCAGAAGACUGCAGACUACCAUGGCGAGAUGAAUGGGGAAACUUUCUUGAUGUGGUUUGAAGACAUGUUGGUGCAUCUUGAGGAACCCAGUGUCAUCAUAAUGGACAAUGCUUCAUAUCACAGCACCCAGAUGGGCGAGGUGUGUGGAUCACGUGGAGAAGCUAAUUCAAGCAGACUGGGAGAGAGAAGUCCACAUAGACAGCGGCACCAUUCCUCCACUCAUCAUCCACCUCGGCAAGGAUAGUUCAAGUGAAGACAGUGACAGCGAAGAAUUUGAGGUUACGACACAGCAAGUAGAUGGAGACAGUGAAGUACUGGCAGUUCCUCUUGAUGAUUUACCCGGGUGUUCUUAUUGAGGUCUGUAUGUAAUAAACACCUGGGCAACUGUAAGUAUUGGGGUUUGAAACAUUUUUUUUUCUUUUAUGCAUUCCCAUUAAGUAUGUUGAUUACUGGAACUUUAUGUAUUAACUUUA